AUGUCGUAUCAUAGAAAUCCACUUGAAAAUUAUCUAGGAUCUGAUAAUCGUCUAGACUUCAAUCUAUCUAUUAAAUUUAUACGCUUAACGUCCCUUACGGGGUUGCCCAUCCCAGAGCUUCCGCCUGCUAUGGCGCAUCGGGCCCACUGGCCUCUGGGUCGAUCAGCUUUGUUUCGCCAAGGUGCACGUAGUUGCAGGUGUUGCCGACUUCGGCUCAUGAUUGAGCUACUUCGCUUGAGGACAUGGUUGCCAUUCCGAAAAUCCAUAAAAAAUGGAUUUUCUGGUAGGCUUUCGGCAAAAAGGAAAACACGAAGCCUGGGACGUAACGCCCAGUUUCACGCUAGGGAGUUGCCCGAUUGGUCCUAACGGACUCUGCUGAGCUUCCCCUUUCCAACUCGCGUGCCUCCUUCCCCAUGAGGAAAAAGCAUCGCUGAAAAUAGACUUGGGCUAGGCUCUGAGCUCCACCAGAAUUGCUUACCUAGCAUUGCUGUCCCUUUCUGAACUGCAAAACCUUGCAGAUAUAAUUAAAAUAUGAGUCGAGGCUGCAUGGCCGGGAGGCCAUGCCCAGAUGAAGACGCCAUACUUUAAUUAUGUCUAGACUUCAAUCAAUUUGGAAAUCUCCCUGAAGAGCCUCCAGAGCAGCCAAGUCAAUCCUUAACAAAUUCUAUAAAGCAUAUCACUUCUACCUUAGUUACCCAAGGAUUGCCGCCGCCCGGGAAUUUAUUUAGUACUGAUUUUCAAGAAGUCUCAAAAACAGUAAAUUCUAUCUAUGCUCUUAUGCAGUCAAGACAGCGCGAUGCUGCCUUUCGUAGUGAUUUAAUUGAUAAAAAUCGCAGCCUUGAAAAUGAAAAAUCAAAGCUUGCACAGAAUAAUGAACGAUUAAAUACUGAAAAAUCAAAUUUGGAAAGUGAGCUUGCAAAGCUAAAAAAUCAAAUAAAAACUAUGACAAUUAAAAAUAAAGAAGAAAAAGAUAAAAUUUUAUUAGAAAGAGAUGAACUUAAAAGAGAAAAUAAUAAAUUGACUCACAAGGAAACACAAAGUCAGCACGAGUUAAAAAAGAAAGACGCAGCUUAUGCAAAACUGCAAGAGCAGCUUAGAAAGUCAUUAGGAGAAAAAGACCUUCCUAUAAGAAAUCAAGUUGAGUUGACAUCUCCUUUGCAUACAAAUGGAGUAUCGCUCUUCGCAAGAAAUGGUGACUCGGAGUUCUCGUAUUUAAUUAGCAGAGGCUAUGAGGAAAAUCAAAAUGCCUUACUAGCUGAAAAUCAAGAAUUAAGGAGCGCCUUUUUAUUGUUGCAAAAUGAAUUGCAAGACAUGAUGAAACAAAGAAGAGAAGCUUUCCACAAAAGAUAUGCGGAAGAACUAGGCGAUUUAUGCCCUGAUUUUGCUGAAUUCCAACAGAAGCCAGUAAAGCCUGAAGUCAUGAAUUUACCUUUCCAAGGGAUAAGUGAAAAUGUCAUAAAAGCUUUCCAAGAAAACAUGAGGGUUUUUAGAGAGUUUAUGGACAAAGCUGAUGAAGCAGCUCUAAAUGUAGAUGGAGAAGGCGAUGAAGAGCUGCAAAAAAUCAAAUGCAUUGCAGAUUUAAAAGAACUAUUGAGUAAAGCAUAUUUAGAAAAUUAUAGGAUUUUAUUGAAAAAUCAAGAAAAUAUCAUGCAAAAUGCGAUUCUUGGGAGCAGAUCAAGAGCUCCUGAUAAUAUUGGCUAUACAGCUUCAAGGCUAAAGGUGGCUGCUGAUACGGAAAUUGAAAAAGCAAACCGAUUUCUUCAAGAAGAGUUUUCUAAAUUAGAAUUAAAGCAGCAAGAAAUUGAGGAGCAAAGACACUUAGUUUCAGAUACUGCUCAUAGAAUGGACGAAGAAAAAUUCAUGAUUACUGUAAGAUUUAUUUAGAAACAAAGAGAGCAGCUGAUGGAAGAAAGAAAUAGAUGGGAGCAGGCCUUGCAAAGUGCCUGCAAACUCAAUAGUGAGUUAGUUGAUGAAUAA